UCUCUCUCUCUCUCUCUCUCUCUCUCUCUCUCUCUCUCUCUCUCUCUCUCUCUCUCUCUCUCUCUCUCUCUCUCUCUCUCUCUCUCUCUCUCCCCACACAUGCUCUUUCUUACACAUUCUCUCCAUCUUUCCUGCCCUCCUCACGCGUUUUCCUCCAUCUUUGCGUGCAGAGCUUCCAAGGUGUUUCUCCUGCAGAAGACACCUUCCUCUCUGGUCACCUGCCACGCCACGGGUUUCUACCCCAGGACAUCGACCCUCUUUUGGAGGAAGAACGGCGAGAAAAUCCACGAGGACGUGGAGAUGGGGGCGACCCUCCCCAACCACGACGGAACCUUCCAGACCUCGGUCCACCUGAAAGUAGAGGUGACGCCCGCCGCGGAGCAGGAGUAUGAAUGCGUGUUCCGGCUGGCCGGUGUCACGGAAGACAUCGUCACCAAGCUGGACGCCGGAAGCAUCCUGAGCAACGCGCGCAUCCAGGAAGAGCAAGACAGGGUGAAGGUGAGGGCCAUCAUCGUCAUAUUGUUAGCGGUUCUCGCUGUUCCGUUGGGGUUCCUUGCUCCGGUGGCGGUGAUGAUGUUGGUCCUUGCCGAGUGUCACAAAAUCAGACGAGAAAACCAACAACAACUAGAAUUAGCAAUUUCUGGAGAAAUUGCGUGUAAAGCCGAAGAAGCUGAAUACUUGGCGAAUGCUCCAGAAUGAUGUUUCAAGUUGGAACGGGUUGAAUCGGUCAAAUAAUGUAGGAAGUCGAAGGGAAAAGCAGAAUUUUAUAAAAUAUGGCGUGAACAUACAUCAUGGAAAAUUGACAUAUAAACAAUUAAUUUAUUUAUUUAUUUUAUUACUACACACUGCCACAUCCAGAAGUUCUCAGACGAUACAGCCAUUGUUGGAUAUGUUUCUGAGGGGAACGAUCUGGAAUACAGGACGAUCAUCAAGGACUUUGUCAGUUGGUGUGAGCUCAACCAGCUUCAGCCAAACACCAGCAAGACGAAGAAGAUAAUUGUGAACAUCAAGAGGAAAGCACCCCACUUCACUCCGGUGAACAUCCAGGGAUCGGCGGACAUUGAUGUACAAAUUCCUGGGUGUUCACCUAACAACAAACUGGACUGAACUGACCACACUCACGCCCUGUACAAGAAGGGCCAGAGUCGCCGCCACCUGCUGAGGAGACUGAGGUCUUUUGGUGUUUGCAGGGCUCUCCUCAGGACUCUGUGGUAGUAAAUCCCAGGAUGCUCUGCUACGCACCAACCAACCUCCAAACUGAUUGAACUCCAGUGUAGUGACACACUCAAGUCCAAGUAUGAUGCUGUGGGCACCGCACAGUUUCCACAUUUCAUCCCUGAAAUAAUGCCUCAGCUCCGCACUCGAGCUGCUCAGCUGCUCUCCAUGUUCAGCAGCACUUAUCUAUGUGAGCAACUAUUCUCUUCAAUGAGAAUGACCACAACAUCUCACAGGAGACGUCUGACUGAUGACCGCCUUUCUGCAAUCCUGAGGAUUUCCUCAGCUCAGAGCCUGAGCCCAGACAUUGAUGAACUAGCAUCUAAGAAGAGAUGCCAGGUAUCCGGCUUGGACACAUCGGAGUAGAUCAGUGUGUAGCAAACGGACCUAUAAAUAAGGUUUUCUUUAUGCACUUUUUCUUGCUACUCCAAGGUAUUGACUUGAAUGUCUGCACUUUGACAGAGUAAUGUUAUUUGUUAAUUCGUUUAUUAUUGUUAUUUUCUGUUUGAAUCUAUUAUUAACCUUUGGGAAAAGGUUUAACUCAGAAGGGUGCACAUAAAAAGAGAGGCACAUGGUUGUUUUUCCCCACUCCGUGUUUUGUAUUGGAACGUCAUUAUCUUUUAACGUCAUUUAAUAGUUACGAGCGCCCUCCUGUGGAUGCUUAGUGUAAGUGUUUUACUCAGUACGAGACCCGGUGACGAAUCAGUUACACGGAAGUUAGUGUUCCUCAAAACGUUAUUGCCUUAGACAUUCUUGUAAAAUUAUGGGGUUUUUUUCUGUUGGACUUGUGUGAACGAUUGUAUGUUAUUUUUAUUUACAUAUCGAAGUUACGUUAGGCAACAUGCCACAAGCUAACGAUUGUCUAACGCGGUGUUUUCUUUAUUUUGCAUUUCAGUGUUACGAUGGGCUUAAGAGGGUUUGAGCACAGUUUUUAUUUAAAUUUUAUUUCAGAAAUCGAUGUGUUUUUUUUAAAUUUGAAAUUCAAUUUUGCAUGUGUGCAAUAUUUAGUUAUAUAUUGAACAAAAUGAAGCUUUUCUUGUUCCGUAUUUGAUAUGCAAAACUAAUUUUGGUCGAUAUGAAAAGGUUCAUUAUUAUAUGUGGAGGAAGGUUGUUUUUUUCCCAAUAAAUAUCAAUGUUGGACCGCGACACAGUCCAAAAUUCAAA